CCAGUAAAUACUGCUUUAUGAGUGAUAUUCCGCACACUUCAAGUGGGAAAUAUUGCCAAGAUAGCAAUAAUUGCUAACAUGAACACUGGACUAAGAAUGCGUCCGUUCUCCUGCAACUUGUAGCGCAGAAUGACUAAAAUAUCGCAUCACGUUUCGAUAAGAUUCCCAAAUGUUCUCCACAUGACCAACAGACGCAACAGGUGUCCGUAUGCAUGCUGUGUGUCAUUUUAGGAUGGAACGAAUUGAACAAUCUUCUCCUCGUGGAAUAAUAACCAGGGCGGUAUGGAAAAGGGUCCUGUUAAUAUUUUACAAUCAUGCAACGAUAAUAUAUUAACCGAUUUUUGUAUGCUACAUUAAGUUCCUCCAGGAAUAUAGAUGAUUGCAUAAAACACUUUCACUGCAGGCUAGUAUAAAUCAACUAAAUUUAUGACGUGCAUCUUUAUCAGAAGGAUGGAGAAGGCUUUUAUUUUUGAACAAAAAAUUUGGACCACCACUUUGCCGCUUUGGACCCUUCACGGAUGCAAAGGAAGAUUAAGGUUGUGCAACUGGAUUUUUAAAUUAUUGCAAAAUACGUACGAUUCAUGUGUCGCAAGCCACACGCCCCAAAGAAUGAUGGUUCGUUAAAAAACAUUUUUACCAUAAGCAAUUUGCUACUGGAGAGGUGCACGGUGGCCUGACCUGUGUUAAGUUCCAUAAAUGGUCUAAUGAGAAUUAAUUGCUGGAAUUCCGAUCGAUCUUUUUCUGCUGUUAUUGCCUAUGGACACUUUUCGAUGCACCCUUGAUAUUUAGCCAUGUAGAAACCGAACUGACAGCUUUGCGUUUUCCAUGUCGCUGCGGGAAGUUUCGUUCAUUUCUUCAUAAUUCUCGGAAUCUUGCACCAACUGACGAGGGCGUUUAGUGACUUUACAUGCAUCUUUGCAUUCACGAAAUGAUUUUUUUAAGGUUACCGUUUGGCCUUUUUGGCAUAAAGCAAACAGAGCCGAAAAAGAACAGAAAAAUAAAUCUCCCCAAAAACAGACAUACCAAUGCGAUCUGACCUGGGAUCCUUAUUGCGGUUCACCGAGGGACUUUUGGGGUACUUCUUUGCGUUACCGAUUCAGUGCCACUGCGAUUGGUCCAUUGGUGAACCACCGUCCCGUCCUGCACAAGAAAAACUCCAUUCGUCGAGCGCAUGAUUUCGUCUUCCCUUGAAGACCGUCGGUUGAACUCUUCGGUUUCUUUACUUGUUUUAGCUGUUAGCUGUUUUGUUACUGCAUUUUCUUGUGGAUAAUUUUCGUGCCAGUACAGCUCGUUGCAUGGGAAGGAAAAAUUCGAUAAUGAACAAAUCGAUACUUCGAACCGGAUAUCGAUUGGAGAGUAGAAAGGGCGAAGCCGACGGGAAACAUUGAGGGGACACGCACAUGCACUUUUUGGCGAGAGAUAAUAUUGAAAGAGGGUGUGCAGAAGGAAUAACUCAUCAUCUUCUGCACUCUUAUUGGUGGAUCGCAACUCGGUGGAAACUUAAGCGAGGUAAAGAGUGAGGAGAUUCUGGUGGAAUAAAUUAAUUCCCGACCUGAAAUCGGCUUUUGCCAACCUUUAUUGUUGAGAGAAACUGAUAAGAAUAGGAACAGGCGAGAAAACAGGAUGAAAAUCGAAAAAGCAAACCACAAGUACUGUGCAAAGUGAUAUUUUGGUGUCUUCAAACGUAGACACUUGUAUUGAACUUAAGGAAACUUCUGAAACUUCAAAUUAAUGUUUCAAACGUAAUAGACCAACAGAAAUGUACAUACAAACUUUGUUUCGUAGCUAAAUGUCACUCAAAACAAUCGAUUUUAAUGAGACACAGAAAACGAACCUCUUCGUUGCUAUAUAACGUCACACACUGAUACAAGUAUGCCUGAUGCAUUCAUUCGUAAACCAGCUUUAAUUUCUAUUUUUGGCUGUGGUUUUUCGUCAGCACCUAAUUUGAUUUUCACGCGAUCGCCAUGCUAGUACGAUCGAUUAUAUUACCGUGUAUUACGUCUGUUGAGCAUAGAAGCGAUUCAUCGAUGCAUCAAGAACCUUGCAAAACAAACUCAUCAAAAAUGCAUGCCAUUAAUACGAUCGGCGUGAACGGUGCACUGACACACUGCUGCUGCUGCUGCUUUGCAUACGCAAAAAAGAAAAGCAUACAACCCUUUUAACUUUUUUACUCUGGAUAGAGCAAUUCGCCUGAGGACAGAGGCGUUUUCUUUGCGUCGAAAGUAAGAAAACGAGUAACGUACGCGAUUGCGACGAGGAAAAUGUAAUCACUAAAAUAGAGGCAAUAUGGCAAAGAUAUGCAACAAUCGAUGCGAUGUCGCUUAACGUAAAGGGAUGUUUUUUUCCUUUCUUUCUUUCUUGUGUGUGUGGACCACAAUCAAGUCCUCGAUGUAUGGCUCGUCAUAUUGCGUUGCAAUUUCCUGGGAAGCAAGGGUUUGCAUUGUUCGCAUUUCAGGCCAUUCGUCCGGUGGGUUGAAGUUUUCAACUGCAUCGAGGAAAAAUGUAUACAGAGGAACAAAGAAGGCAGGAGGGCAGGUACUCGGUAGUUAAUAACAGCUCCAAGCCAGUACGUAUACUGAUAGUUAACACAGAAAUGUUCGAAAAACAUCACUGGCGCAUGUUCGUCUCUGUCAUUCCCUGUGGUUUCGAGACGCGAUCUGUUCCUGCGAUGGAGCCCCAGCCGAAAAUUAUCCUCCCGUCAUUCAUGUACCUUCGUUGAUGCUCUGCUUGCAGUCUGCAGUGAAAACUCACAAAAAGAAGCAACAGAACAGAGCAACAAAAAUGUUAUCUUGCCAUGUACCGGUCUAUGGAGACAACAUGCCCACCUUGCAAGCUCGCCUAAGGUUCAGCACUGGCUACGGGUGGGUAGCAAGCGGGGAAAUGUAGAAGGGAGAUGGUUUAAUUUUCGCUGAAGCACGACAUGUCUUGCCGGGCGACCAACCGAGCCAACGAUCAGGACCAAAACCGUUUUAUGUGGUCAGUACACUAACGGUCGUCCGCCGAGAAGGAGGCUUUUGAGGUAUCCAAGACCUCUGCCAGUUGUGGUUCCUUUUUUGCCUAGUAGUGAGUUUGGUUUGUUUAAAAAGAGCGUAUUUGUUUGUGAGAAAGGUCACAUCUGUUUAGUGUUUUAAAUAAACUUCAUUCCCGGGUCUUUAGUGCGAUUCUGACACACGUGCCCAAGGUUUUGCAAACAAAUUGUGCGUGAAGCGUGUAGUUUGGCUGGACGCAAGCAAGAUUCAGUUAAAUUUCGGCACAGAAUUCCAUCCCCAACGUCAGGGUUCUGAAGCAAACCUUCAGUAUGGCGUCGUCAAAUAACAACAACAAUAACAAUGAGGAGAAAAUGGACAUGGAUAUAAGGUACAAGUUUACACCUGCCAAAUCCGAUGUCGAAGCAAAUGGUACAAUGCAGUUUGAUCCGUUUAAAGAACGGAAACUGGAACAUCCUACAACCGAUGGUGAAACGUUAACGCAUCUGUUGAAGGCAUCGCUCGGUACGGGCAUCCUUGCGAUGCCGGUCGCUUUCAGUUAUGCUGGUCUUGUUGGAGGUAUCCUGGCCACCGUUUUCACCGCUUUCAUCUGUACGCACUGCGCCUACGUAUUGGUCAAGUGCGGUCACACACUGUAUCGUCGCACCCAUCGAACAGCAAUGAGCUUCUCCGAGAUUGCCGAGGUCGCAUUCGAGAAUGGACCGGAAUGGGGUCGCCGGUUUGGCAUGCCUACAUCGUACUGCAUCAGAUAUGGACUGUUCAUAACGUACUUCGGUACCUGUGCCGUCUAUACUGUCAUCAUUGCGACCAACUUCCAGCAGGUCAUCGAGCAUUACUACGGCAGCCCGUUGAAUUUGCGCGUCAUGAUUGCACUUCUGCUUGUCCCGCUCAUCCUACUGUCCUGGGUACCGAAUCUGAAGUAUCUCGCACCGGUCUCCAUGGUCGCUAACGUGUUUAUGGGCGUUGGAUUGGGUAUUACGUUCUACUAUCUCGUCACCGAUAUGCCACCGGUGAAUUCACGUCCACUGUUCUUGCCUGUGAUGCAGUGGCCCGCAUUCUUUGCCAUUGUCAUCUUUGCCAUGGAGGCUAUCGGUGUUGUAAUGCCGCUGGAAAAUCAGAUGAAAACGCCUCAGAACUUUAUCGGUCUUUGUGGUGUGUUAAACCAGGGUAUGGCUGGUGUGACGCUGAUCUAUAUCCUGCUCGGUUUUCUUGGUUACGUUAAGUAUGGUGUUGAGGCGGAAGGAAGCAUAACACUCAACCUGCCAGUUGAUGAAAUUCCCGCUCAAGCAGUGAAGAUCCUGAUCGCCUUAGCCGUAUACUGCACAUUCGGACUGCAGUUCUACGUGUGUCUUGAUAUUGGCUGGGUGGCCAUCAAGGAUCGCUUCACAAAGCGACCGAGGCUGGUGGAGUACGUUAUGCGCACCAUCCUCGUCACUGCUGCCGUCCUGCUAGCCGUCGCUGUCCCGACCAUUGGCCCGUUCAUUGGUCUCAUUGGUGCGUUCUGCUUCUCGAUCCUAGGCUUGCUGAUCCCGAUUGUGAUCGAGAUGGUGACGUACUGGGAGGAAGGAUUCGGCCCCGGUAACUGGAUCGUGUGGAAGAACGUGAUCGUCUUCGUUUUCGGUAUCAUUGCGCUCGUGUUUGGUUCCAAGAGCUCCAUCCAGGACAUCCUCGCCUUGUACGCUUAGGUCUACAGCACCUGAGCAAGUACAGUAGCCAAUGGAAAUUGGCUGAAACACACUAAGCAAUUAUACCGACGAACACCUAUCUAGACGGAUUUGCUGACUGAGAAACAAACUGUCUUUCGUUUGCUUUUCUACAGCUACCAUUUUCUACCUGUUUUGCUAUUUAGAUUUUUGAUUUAUUGCACGGCUUUUGUGCAUAUGCGCCAAGCGCAAUCCUACUUUGGAUGGGACGUCUUCUACAUCCAGAUAAGAGUGUAAGCGUUGUGUGCGAAGAAAAAUGAUGCGCCCGCAGUCGUUUCAAAUAUUGGAAACAGCACUGGACGUUCAUCUAUAACGGAAAAGGCCCGGAAAGAGAAGAUGUUGUUAGGCUGGACCAUCAUUAAUACACACAUACACAAGUGCCUCAUACAGUAGAGCAACAAUUGAUAUUGCGUAGUAGUAGCAACAGCAGAAAAACAGACACGCAUCGUAACGCAAAAAGCAACAUUGUUUUUAUCUGCAACAUUUCUAUGUGACCAUUGUUGGCUAAUGCUGGCGUUUCCGCGCCUGGUGUACGUGUUUUUUCCUUCAGUUUUUGGUAAAAUGGAAGUUAACAAAACAGCAUUUUGGACACGUUUUUUAACUUUGGAAGCGUUAAAUCAUCCGUUCUCAGGGAUGAUGAGUGAGUAGUUCACACAGUUAUACAAAACUAUGGAAAACAAAAAAAAACGCCACAUACAACAACCGAAUGGCAAGUGAAUGAUGCGCAACGUUUGACUGUCGAAAUUGUAACGUUUUUGGUUUUUUGCUGCCAGCCAUGUGCUGCCUUUAUCAACUAGCUUUUGUUGUUUUUCUGAAUUUGUUCGUAGUGUAAGGUCGCCACAUCAGUUUCCUAGCCUAUCAUUAACGAAAAAAGUACCGCUCAAUAUAAAUAACAUGCAGUUAUUGCUGAUUUGUCUUAUCAAAUGUUGAUCUCGUGCUACGAGGUUUACUAGCAAUCGCCCCGCAUACAUGGACAAGUUAAUGGUUCCUUUUAUAAAAGAACCAUUUUCUACGGUGCUGAUGUUCAGUCAAAUCCAUUAACAUAAAUAUGGAAAAGGUCGUCCUUAUUCCAAUCAGACUGUAGCGAAGCCAGUACCAACUGCGUAUUGAUAUUUGAGACAAUCAUUCGGCAAAUGCGCGCAAUUCAUAACGCCGUUAAACAUGUCAAACGUCCUGCCGAUUUCUAUGAACUUUCCAUUCUCGUCACGCCGGAUCUCUCGGACUGGUGGCAGACGAUUGAUCGUACUUAUCACCGUGCGCCUUUUCAAACGGUUGAUAUACAUAGUGCAAGAUAAUAUCCCAACGAUCGAUAAUCGCCUGCCAUCACUGCAAGUAAAUGGUAAUCAACCGACGUGAAGUGAACGGAAUGGCUCACCAAAUCGGCGUGGCGUUUAGUAUGUUAAACACUAUCCACUGAGCAUACUGUGUCCUUUUGUUUUCAUUUAACUGAAACGAAGGAAAGCUACCAUACGAACGCUCAAAAUCGGUAACUUUUGCAUAACAUAAUGCUUGACCGUUCCCAGACGUAGUACUUCAUUCAUUUACUUCUGUUUGUUUGUUUGUUUUGUUUGCUCCCAUUCCUAUAAUUAAUCAUGUUUUCUCAUUGGCCCGCAUUAGACUAAGUGAGUAUUGGAUAAAUAAGUACGAAGAUUUCGGUGGCAGAGUUGUCUGGCACGUUAAGAUUUACAUUGAUUGUAAGAACGCGUAUGAAUGAAGAAAAAAGAAACAAAUAAGGGAAAAAAUCAAUAUGGAAAAUAAAUACAUAAUUAAUAUUA